ACUUUCCCUUCCAUUAACACCAUGAAGCUGCUUCCAAUGACUGUGUUGCUCCUUACCAUCUGUAGCCUUGAAGGGGCUUUGGUUCGGAGACAGGCAGAGCAGCCGAAUCUGCAGAGCCUGUUCUCUCAGUACUUCCAGACUGUGACCGACUACGGCAAGGACCUGCUGGAGAAGGCCAAGGGCUCAGAGCUUCCAAUCCAGGCCAAGGCCUACUUUGAGAAGGCACAGGAGCAGCUGACACCCCUGGUCAAGAAGGCUGGAACUGAUCUGAUCAACUUCUUGGACAGCUUUAUGGACCUCAAAACACAGCCUGUUGCCAAGUGCAUUUCCUAGACUGUUGUCUUCCAUCCCCAGCUGGCCCCUGGAACACCCACUGGCCAGGCCUAGAGCUCCUCUUCCUACCUAUUCCUUGUUUUCUACGAUAAAUAUUGAAGGAAUCAA